AUUAGGCUGCAGCUGGAGGAAAGGGGGGGAGGGGUGUCAUGUUUAACCUUUGGUGUAAAAGAGCAAGACAUGAGAAAAGAAGCAGCAGGAAAUCUAUUUCAACAUGACUGCUGCCCUGAUUUGCUUCUUUCUCCUCUGCACUGAUCCACCAUGUUGUUCUCCUCUGCAGCUCUGCAGGCCACAAACAGCCCUUCUGUUGAUGCUCUGAAACGUCUCCAUAGAGCAGCUGGAGAAGACGUCUCAGCUGCAUGUGGCAUGUCGUUCUCUGGAUCCUGGAAGAUCUUCUGCAGGGAAAACUGUGAAAGCGGAAACAUUCUGAUCCAAACCAGAGAGAACAAAGCUCAAACAGAACGAUACAGCAUUGAAUACCUUAAAGAGUUUUCAUCAGACAUUUACGUUUUCUAUGUGAAGAUCUCCAAACUAAAGCCGUCUGACUCAGGACUGUACAGAUGUGGUUUGGGCGACUCUUCAUCCGCCAUGAUCUACCAGGAGUUCAGACUCGUCGUUGCAGAAGCCUCCGGUUCAGAUUCAGCUAAUUUAACCUCCACACCAGCAGCACCUCUGAGCUCCAACUACAGUCUCACACCUUCAGCUUCCAGUGAAACCACUAAUCAGUCGGUUCUGAUCCGGCAGAGGCCAACAUCUGAAGAAAUGUCCACAGAGCUUCUGCUGGUUGCAGCUCUGACUCUGACCCUCUCUGGCAUCCUGCUAUCUGGGGCUUUGCUGGUUCUCUGCAGAAAAAGAUGCCACAAACAUCUGGAAGGUUUGAGGACCAGAGGAGGUUCAACUGACCAGCAGAGCCCGGUGUAUGAAAACUUUCCCUCUGCGGAGCUGAUUUACCAGAACGCCAAACCUGUCAGCAAGAACAAGAAGUAGAUCCAAGAGGUGAUUUAGGUCUGGCUUAAGGGACGCCUUAUCUUCUAAAUGUGCUUAAAAUGGAACCUUUCAGAUUAAAGGAGAGAAUAAAACUAUAUCUAUGUGAAGAGAAAU